GUUGCAAGUCAAAUGGCUCCACUUUCCAGUGUCACUGGUUCGUCUCAAGCUAUCGUUUCCUUGAAUAACACACAAGAUGGGAACUGAUGUUCUUGGCAGUGAAAUGGAUUCGCAAUCUCAUCCACAUUAAGAAUGACGACGGUGUCAUAACCGAUAAAUGACGAUGGUUUUAGAUCAUAUUCGUCACGCGAUGUGAUCCAAAAUCCACAAUGUGUGAGGACAUUUAAGAACAAUUGAGUUCGGAAGAAAAAAAAUCUUGAUUCCAGUGGAAUCUUCCAUAUAUAUAUAUAUUAUUAUUAUAUUUUUUUCUCUGUGUAAAAGCUUACAUAUAUUUACACACACUCGUCCCAUAAUCUUAUAACCAUGCCAGUGCAAGCACCACAAUGGACAGAGUUCCUGCUGUGCCCAAUCUGCACACAGACAUUUGAGGAGACUGUUCGCAGGCCCAUCAGCCUGGGCUGUGGACAUACUGUCUGCAAGAUGUGCCUGAACAAGUUGCACCGUAAGGCUUGUCCCUUUGACCAGACAGCCAUCAGCACAGACAUUGAGCAGCUACCUGUCAACACAGCCCUGUUGCAGCUGGUGGGAGGCCAGGUUCCUAAGGCUCAGCCAGUUGCCUUGAUUACCAGUCCAGAGGACUCACAGCAUUAUGAGGAGGCCAGGCAGUGUGUGGAGGAGCUGGCCCUCUACCUCAAACCCCUCAGCAACACCCGAGGUGUGGGUCUGAGCAGCACGGCCCAGAGCAUGCUGAGUCGACCAAUGCAGAGGAAACUGGUAACUUUGGUCCACUGCCAGCUGGUAGAGGAGGAGGGUCGCGUUAGAGCCAUGAGAGCUGCCCGCUCUCUAGGUGAGCGGACUGUCACCGAACUCAUCUUACAGCACCAGAAUCCACAGCAGCUCUCCUCCAAUCUGUGGGCCGCUGUCCGUGCACGAGGAUGUCAGUUUCUCGGCCCAGCAAUGCAGGAGGAAGCUCUAAAGUUGGUUCUUCUUGCUCUAGAGGAUGGUUCUGCUCUUUCCAGGAAGGUGUUAGUUCUCUUUGUAGUCCAGAGGCUUGAGCCACGCUUCCCACAGGCCUCUAAAACUAGCAUAGGUCAUGUGGUGCAGCUCCUCUACAGGGCCUCCUGCUUCAAGGUGACCAAACGUGAUGAAGAUUCAUCCCUGAUGCAGCUGAAAGAGGAGUUUCGUACUUACGAGGCUCUGCGUCGCGAGCAUGACUCUCAGAUUGUUCAGAUUGCCAUGGAGGGAGGGCUGCGCAUUGCACCUGACCAGUGGUCGUCUCUGUUAUAUGGAGAUCAGUCUCACAAGUCACACAUGCAGUCUAUCAUAGAUAAGCUGCAGACCCCGGCAUCUUUUGCUCAGAGUGUCCAGGAGCUGACGAUUGCGCUGCAGAGGACUGGCGACCCAGCCAACCUCAACAGGCUGCGGCCCCACCUGGAACUACUGGCCAACAUUGAUCCCAGUCCUGAUGCCCCCCCUCCUACAUGGGAGCAGCUUGAGAAGGGGUUGGUAGCAGUGAAGACAGUGGUGCAUGGCCUGGUGGACUUCAUCCAGAACCACAGCAAGAAAGGAGCUGAUCCUCAACAGCCUCCUCAGCACAGCAAGUACAAGACAUACAUGUGUCGUGACAUGAAGCAGAAAGGAGGCUGUCCUCGUGGAGCCAGCUGCACCUUUGCUCACUCUCAGGAAGAACUGGAGAAGUAUCGUAAAAUGAAUAAGCGUCUGGCAGCUCGCCUCCCUGGCCCAGGAGGGCUCAUGCCAGAUGAGGGCCUUUCUCUUGAUGUAGCAGUGACCCGGAAGCCUUCCCCCCUCCCCAAUGGCAGUGUCGCACCCUCUUUGCCCCAGCUCAUUGCCCGGUGCACCGACACAGUUCCAUACGAACUGUUGCGUAAACCCCUCAAGAUGGAUGGAGGGAGUCCCAGUGCCCCGGGAUCACCACCUGACGUCCUGGACCCUGUGCCCAAACCCGGUAUGCCUCUGCCACCGCAUGCCCUGGCCCACCCAAGGAUGCCAGCAGACCACCUCUCUGGGGUGAAGCACAUGCCUGUGGUACCUAGAAGUUCUCCAGUGUACCCCCAGCCGCAGCUCACUGAGAUGUGCUAUGACACUCGCCCACCAACUUCUGCUUCUCAGUAUGAGCCCCCCCAAUACCCCACAGGGUACCCCUACCAGCAGCCGCCACAGUAUGUUCCUCGGGAUUACAUCCGUAACCCUCCUCCCCCCAGUGAAUCAGGACCCCCCUACCAGGACCCCUACCCUGGCUACGGCCCUCCGGAACGCACCUACCAGGCCCCUCAUUCUGGCCCAACCUUCUCCUACCCUCACCCUUCACACUAUGACAGGGGUCGCCACGGGACCUACACUGGUCCACCACCUCCCCCACAGCCUUACCCAUCUCAGAGGGAUAACAUGGUCAGAAUGAGUCCCGCGCCUCUUGAUGUUCCCCCGCCAUCAGCAGGACAGGCUAACUCACUUUACCACCAGGAGCCCAGUGCCCGGGAUAGGUAUGCACCAGAUGGCUACUAUCCACCAGGUGCCCAGGCUCCACCUACGAGGGCUUAUGUCAGGGGCCCAUCAUAUAGUGGUCCACAGCCCAGUCUGGACUAUCUGCACCGACGACGUCAGGAGCUGUUAUCCCAGCUGGAGGAAAGGAAGGUCAUCUCACCUCCACCAUUUGCUGCCUCCCCCACUCUUUCUCAUCCCUUCCCCAGCGACUACCCUCCUGAGUACGGUGAAGAGAACUCCAAAAGCAUUGUGAAAUGCAGAGAGCCCGACUAUGCAGGGCAAUACUCUCCCUGGUCUUGUGAAACCAUUGGCUCCUACAUUGGUACAAAGGAUGCCAAACCCAAAGAUGUUAUGGUUUCUGGUACCAUGGAGAUGAUGAAUGUGGAGGCUAAGGGUCUGAGGGAACCAUCGCUGGAGGCUCCUCGGAGGGGUGCAGAAGUCAAAGACGAUGACCCCAUUAUCCCGUUUGGCCCCCAGCCCACAGUAUCACGUUUUGGUGCCAUUUCCCGCACCUCAAAGACAGGCUACCAAACCACCGGCCCUGUGCAGGCUAUGGCCUCUACUCCCCAGAACCCAAACUCUAAACACAUGGCCAUGCCAGAAUACACAUAUGGAAGUCAUGGAGGAUGGGGUGGAGCUUCAUACCCCUCCCACCAGACUGCCUCCUCCUCUCAGGGACACUUUAGUGAGCGCCUACCAAUGGCAGCCCCAGACAGAGAACAGUUAAAAAUUGAGCUGCAACAGGUCAACCAGCAGAUCAACCAACAGACCCAGAUGCACAGCAUGGAGGCUGCCAGUAACUCUUUACUGCUGCAGAGAGAGGCCAGUGCACUGGCAGGUCAGCCUGUGCAGCCCAGCCAGGGCCAGGUGGCAGCAGCAGCAGCGGCGGCGGCAGCAGCAGCCGCCCAGCAGCAACAACAGCCCAAGUGGCCAGCGGGGGGAGCAAGUGCAACAGCUGUCUCCAGCGAACAGCUAAGCCUGGAGCUCCACCAGGUGGAGAGAGAGAUCGGCAAGAGGACCCGAGAGAUGGCUAUGGAAAACCAAGUAGUGCAUGAUGUUCAGCAGUACAAGAUGAAACCUGCAGAGAAUGGACAACCAGAGCACAAGACUCAGCUGGAAGAAAUCUCCCUGGCUCUUGGUGAGGUGUCAAACGGCUCCAGCAGUCUGCAAGAAAGUGCAGUGGGCGGGUCCAUGCUGUCACUAACCAAUAAGACGUCUGCGUUGAGUCUGUGUUCUGAUCCAGGUGCCACUGGUUCAGAGAUGCAGAAGAAUGGCGUUGUCCAUUCCUGCUCUUAGGCAGUACACACUUACAUUCACACAUACACACACACACACACACGCACAUACACGCACACACUCAAGAUGCUCGAUUGAAAAGCAUGCACAGGCACACAUACACCCAUUCUACUUAGAAGAUGAGCAGUAUCUGCCGUGAUAUGAAUUUUCUUUCUUUUUGUUCUGUGAAUGAGCUUUUUUUUAAUGACUUUCCUUGCCUGGAAACCAGGGCAUAUGAUAACAUUUCUUGUGUGUUUCUUUUUUUCUUUUUUCUUUUCUUUUGUACUGGGAUAAUAGAUUAACAAGGCUCGCAAUAUAUAUAACACGAAGAGAAAAUGGUGGUGAUGUUGGCAGUGUUAUUGUAACGUCAUUCAGAAAGGAUAGGCCUAUUCCACCCUUAUGCAACACAAAAGCUUAGUCAAGUAUUCGAUUGAUUCUCCCCAUAUAAUAUUUUUGGUUGAAAUGUCCCAGCAUACAUGUCAAUGAACGGUUAGAUGCAGAGGAGUAGACCAACAAGGACUAUCACAUCACAGGCACUCUGAGGAACCUCUCUUGUAACAAUCUGCUGAUGUGUGGAAGGUAUUGUAGGAAACAGCAGAGGUGUGUUGCUUGGCACUCACCCCCAGAAUCGUAAAAAAGUGGUUGCCCAGAUCUAGACGGUCUGAGGAGGGAAAAGCAAUACAAUGUUCCACCAGUAUUUAGCCGAAAUAGAGAUUCAAGGUGUUUUAGACAUCACUUUUGCACCACAGGCACUUCCUCACCUGCCACGUGAAGUAUAAUUUUAUUAGUGCAUUUUAUGAACGCAUCAUAUGUCUGUUUCAUACUUGAAAGCAGUAUAUUCUAUAUUUAAUUGAAGCAUUCUGUUUUAAAGAUUGCAAUGAGUCUUUUUGAUAAUGAGCUUUCCACAAGUUUUCUAUAAGGGAAUCUACUAGUUCUUCUCUUGGUUAUGAUGUGACCUG